AUGGACAACAAGAUCUGGUUUAUUUUCCUCAUGAUUUUUGCAUCUUUUACGGCUAUGGCAGUAGCACGACCACAGGAUUCGGGCGCUUCAUGCGGCCCAAAUGCACAGUAUACUACCAUAUGCGGCCCUGUUUGUCCGCCCAGAUGCAGUGAUCAUUGGGUGGCCAGAACUUGCGUAGCAGGAUGCAUCCCCGGUUGCAGGUGCAAUUCCGGAUAUGUGCUGAACGAUGCUGGCAAAUGUGUGACGAGAAGUGAAUGUUAAUCGAACGAAGCACACGGCGUUAUUCUUGAAGUUGUGUUUAAAAAGUACACAUUCUUAUUUUAGAAUUUUUUUCGGCAGGCAUUCUAUAAUUAUUAUUUCAA